AUGUGCUUGUUUGGCGUAGUGAUUAUAAAGGAUCUUGGACUUGAUUAUGUCAAGAUAGAUGCUUGUGCUAAUGAUUGUAUUUUGUAUAGAGGAAAAGACUACGAAAAUCUUGACGAAUGUCCUAUUUGUGAGAAAAGUAGAUGGAAAGAAAAUACGAAGAAGAAUAAUGUCCCUAAUAAGAUAGUUCGUUACUUUCCCAUAAAACCAAGACUACAAAGAUUGUUUAUGUCAAAACAAAUUGCACAAGACAUGAAAUGCCAUAAAGAUAAAAGAAUUGAUGACGGAAUUUUGAGGCACCCAGCUGACUCUUUGACAUGGAAAAGAUUUGAUGAUCAACACAAGUUUUUCUCUGCAGAUGCACGUAAUAUAAGACUUGGUCUAGCAUCAGAUGGUUUUAAUCCCUUCGGACCAACUAGUCCUGGAAAUGAUAUUGAUGUUUACCUUCAACCACUAAUUGAUGACUUAAAGGAAUUAUGGGAUGUGGGUAUUGAAACCUAUGAUGUUUCUUCAAGCAGUAAUUUUCAAUUACAUGCAGCCUUGUUAUGGACUAUAAAUGAUUUUCCAGCUUACGGGAUGCUAUCUGGAUGGAGUACUAAAGGAUCAUUAGCUUGUCCUUGUUGCAACAAAGAAACCAUCUCAUGUCAUUUAAAAUAUAGUUUCAAGCAAUGCUACAUGGGUCACCGUAGAUUUUUACCUACUAACCACCCUUGGCGUAAUAAUAAGAGCUCAUUUGACAAUACAAAAGAGGUUAGACAUGCACCACAACCAUUGACAGGAGAUGAAGUCAUAGCGCAACAUGAAAAUAUACAACCAGUGAUCUUUGGUAAAACCAUAAGAAAACGAAAGCGGAAUGAAGGUGAAAAACAUAAUUGGAAGAAAAAAAGUAUAUUUUUCCAAUUACCUUAUUGGAAAACUAUAUUAUUAAGGCAUAAUCUAGAUGUGAUGCAUAUAGAAAAAAAUAUUUGUGAAAGUGUUAUUGGGACAUUGUUGAAUAUUGAUGGAAAAACAAAAGAUACUUUAAAGUCUCGGAUAGAUUUGAAACACAUGGGAUUCAAAAAGUCACUAUGUACUAUUAGAAAUGGAGACAAGUAUAUUAUUCCUCCAGCUCGUUACACGAUGUCAUCGAUAGAAAAGGCUAAAUUUUGUCAAAUAUUGAAAGAUGUUAGGUUUCCCGACUCUUAUGCCUCAAAUAUAGGUCGCUGUAUAAAUGCAAAGGAAUGCAAGAUUUCAGGACUUAAAAGUCAUGAUUAUCAUGUUCUUUUUGAGAGAAUUGUUCCACUUGCCAUCAGGGGGUUACUUCCUAAAGAUGCAUGUGAUCCAUUAAUUGAAUUAUCACUAUUCUUUGGUGACUUGUGCUCUAAAGAGUUAAAAGUGGAUGAAUUAGACUGCUUAGAGAAGCAUAUGGCAAUAACCCUUUGUAAGUUAGAGCGCAUUUUUCCACCAUCUUUUUUUGAUGUUAUGGUUCAUCUACCGAUUCAUUUGGCAAAUGAAGCAAAACUCGGAGGUACAGUUCAAUAUAGAUGGAUGUAUCCUAUUGAAAGAUUUUUACGAGUACUAAAAAAUUAUGUGCGUAACAAAGCACGUCCUGAAGGUUCAAUAGCAGAAGGGUAUCUAGCUGAAGAGUGUAUGACAUUUUGUGCCAGAUAUUUGGUUGAUAUGGACUCUAGACUAAAUCAACCUGAUAGAUAUAUGGAUUGUGUUAUCAGAUUAAAACAGUUACAAGAUGGAAGGAUCAAUGACCAACUUAUUGCGUUAUCAAGAGGGCCAGAUUCUCGGGUACUCAUCCACAAUAGAUACAUCCUUAAUAAUUUCAAAUUUCGUGCAAAAAGUGUUGAGCAACACUUAAAAACUCAAAAUAGUGGUGUGGUUGUGAAAGGAGACGAGUUAUCCGGACACGUUGAAUAUUAUGGAAUGAUUAAAAAAAUCGUUGAAGUAAGGUAUUUGGAUAAUAACUCUGUGAUAUUGUUAAAAUGUGAUUGGUUUGAGGCUCCUUCUCAAGUUCGAAAUCAAGGAAGAGGAUAUAAAAAAGAUGAGUAUGGAUUUAUUAGUCUAGAUAUCACAAAGAUAUUUUACAGAAACGAUCCAUUUGUUUUAGGUUCACAAGCUGUGUCAGUUUAUUAUGUCAAGCAGAAUAACAAUCAAAAUUGGUAUACUGUGGUAAAAGUAAAACCAAGGAAUGUUUAUGAUUUUCCUCAAGAUGAAGAUGACUCAGAGCCAUAUCAACUAAAUGAGUUUAACAAUAACAAUACAUAUAAGGCAUUAGAAACAUCGUCAUUGGACCAAAGGGAGAUUUUAAACCGAAAUGAUAUUGGUGGAACAAGCUAUGAACAUACUAUUAUCGAAGAAGAAGAGCUCAAAGUAGCAAAUGAUGCAAGUGACUAUGAUACUGAUGAUUACGAAUACGAAUCUUCAACAGAUGAGGACGACUAUUCAGAUACGGAAGAUUCUGACUCUGAAUAA